CCCACUAGUUAGCCUCUCACUUUCUUCCCCUUCGACAAAACCAGCGUACAUAUUUCUUUCCCUUCGACGAAACCAGACCCAUCAGUCCGUCGGUCCCCCUACCUCAUCCAAGUCCGUCGGUCGCCGUCGCUCCUCCCUGUCCGUCACUCGCCUCCUCUCUCUCAGGAUUCAAAUGGACAGCAUCAGACAGGAAAAGGUACAGAGAUUUGAGGAAUUUGUAGAUCGUCGCUUGAAACCAGACCUUGUUCGCGCUAUAGCUGAAAGGGACAAGGUGUUCGAGCAACAAAAAGUCUUCUCAGAUUUGAAAAAGAAUAUCGAGAAUUUAGAGAAGAACAGUGUGACCAGUCUCAGGACAUUAGUGAAUCUCGGUUCUGAAGUUUACAUGCAAGCCGAUGUGCCAGAUACAAGAAGUAUAUUUGUUGAUAUUGGACUUGGAUUUCAUGUGGAGUUCACGUGGUCUGAAGCUCUAAAUUAUAUAGCAGCAAGGGAAGAAAAGUUAGCCAGGCAAAUAGAAGAUUACACUCGCUUAAUUGCAUCAAUCAAAGCCCAGAUUAAGAUGGUUUGCGAAGGGAUUAGGGAAUUACUCCAACUGCCCGAAUAGGGGUCUUACUAAAGGAGGGCUCAUGUAUGACAGAGUUACUAAUUUGUUAAUUGAAUGAACGCCCAAGUUCCUACCGUUGCUUUGCCAGCAUCUGCACCAUGAAGAACGAGGAGAAAACGAUACAAAAUCACGGUAAUGUGUCCAUAUGGAAUUUUCUUGCACUGAUGACAGCGGUGAUUAACGAGCUCAUAAGGCCUUACUUUUCUGUUGUUUAUGCAAGAAACAGUGUUUUAGUUCGGCAGUUGACAGUUAGUAAGUUGUAUGUAAGUUACUACCGAGUAUCAUCAUUUAAAUGGUUCAAUCGCGUUUCCUGUGC